AUGGGAUUAGGGAAGACGUUGCAAGCUAUCUCUUUCUUGAAUUACAUCAAGAUUCAUCUAUUAUCGCCUGGACCUUUCUGUGAGUGAUUUACAUCAGUUUACUUCAGUGUUGUCUUCUGAUGAUCUGCAAAUAACACUUUCACGUUAGAUCAAUAUAUGAACUUCUCUUGUCUCUACUAAUGUAUGCAGUAAUAUUAUGCCCUUUAAGUGUAACGGAUGGCUGGAUGCAUGAAUUUUCUAAGUUUUGCCCAAGCUUAAAGAUUCUCAGAUAUGUUGGUGAUAAAGCAUUCCGCUGUGGUCUGAGACGCAUUUUAUAUGAGCAUGUACAGCAAUGCUCAACAUCAAAAGUCAGUCUCUAUUUUACCAAUAUGGCGUGACUCCUAUUUGGUCUUUUUAGUGAUAUUUAUCUCAAUGUGAAGUUGAUCUAUCGUCUUUAACGUUCUCCACUGGCUAUUUCUUUCUAAUUUUACCAAUGGCCCAUUGGAACAGUUUGACUCCAUUUCUAAUUCUCUGCUAUGUUGUCUGUUUCUCUCUUCUGAUUAAAAUGUUACUUGCCAACGUUUUUUUUUGUUUUUGAAGAGAGGAGCAGAAUUGCCUUUCGAUGUACUUUUGACGACUUAUGACAUGGCAAUAUUGGAUCAAGGUUUUCUUUCCCAGGUUCCCUGGCAGUUCACUGUAAUUGAUGAAGCUCAACGGCUGAAAAAUCCCUCAAGUGUAUGCAUAUUUUUUCCCCUAUGACAGUGAAUCUGAUUUUAGGCUUGAAAACUUCUAGGAUAAGAACCGCACACUCUUAAUUGUGGAACGACAUAUAAGAAUAAUAGUACAGUUCACAGAUGGAACUAGUUCUUCUAAUUUGUUUUUCCUAUUUAGUAAUUUUAAUGUCUAUAUUAGUCGCGACUUCUGUUACAAUGAUGUAAAAUGACUAUGCACGUCUUAAGUGAUUAUCUGUGGUUCCUUUUUCCAUCCUCGUCUAAAAAAUCAUCUUGUCAAGAUAACCCCAUGACAUCACUUUGCAAUCACCUUUCCUUUCUGUCCAGGAUCUUAUGCCGUAGUAUAUCUCAUAUGCUAUUAUGUGGCUUACAGUCUGUUGCAAGACAGGUGCUCUAUUUUUGUUAUUCCCCACGAAAAGAAUAACUGAGAAGAGGCUAGAAUUAAAUGAAUUCUUAUUAUGAAUCGAAAGAAUAGGAACCAGAUUUUGUAGGUCUAUUACUUUAUUGGCAUUGACUUUUAGAUUUUUUUUUUGUCUUCUUUGAAAAUGUUCGAUUUAGUUGGCUAACUGACGCUUUUGUCACUUGCUUCUGUUAGGUUCUUUAUAAUAUUCUUCAGAACCAUUACAUGAUGCCCAGGCGUUUAUUAAUGACGGGGACACCUAUACAGAAUAAUCUCUCUGAACUAUGGGCUUUGAUGCACUUUUGUAUGCCUUCAAUCUUCGGGACAUUGGAACAAUUUGUUUCCAAAUUCAAGGACGUCGGAAUUUCCUCAAAAAGUAGCCUCUUGGCAAACCUAGCCACUACUAUUCUCGGAAUAUGUUUUUCGGGAAGCUUUAUUUACUAUCUCUGUUUUGAAAUUAUCAUACAUUCUUAAAAUGCUGAUUUUACUGUGUAGUACUAAAACAUGGAUAUUGAAUUUUUGAUGUUAAAUUAAUGGUAUUUUGUCCUGUGAACAGUGUUGAAUGCCAAGGGGCAGGUGAAGAUUUUAAAGUACAUACUUAGAGCAUUUAUGCUUCGGAGAACAAAGUCAAUGCUCAUCCAUAGCGGAACACUGACAUUACCUCCUCUGACAGAAGUCACUGUGUAAUAUUAUGAUCCUUAAUGUUAUCUAAGUUAACUUUUCGUAUUGCAUUAGAAUGGUAAUGUUAUCGUGAUAAUUCCCAUAAUUUUUUUAUUGGUAGGAUGGUUCCAUUGGUACCUCUGCAAAAGAAAGUCUAUGCCUCGAUACUCAGGAGGGAACUCCCAAAUCUUCUUGCGUUGGCAUUGGGUGCUUCUAAUCAUCAAUCCUUGCAGAAUAUUGUAAUACAUUUUUUUUUUUACUUUUCAUCCGUAUGUUUCCUAAUUUACCCUACCAGCCUAAAUGAGCCUUUGACAACCAGCAAAUAUCCCUAGGAUCUAAAUUGGUCAUCCUUUGCAAAGUUUCAACGGGGCUGUUGGUGCCAUUUUUGAGAAAUAUUUGCAUAAUGAAAUUGAGUUUGAUUAAAUUAAUGCAUUAGAGAUAUGAUAUUUUCUGUCCACACAUGCAUUUCAUCAAGAGAAGUUUUGUGUUUAAAUUCAUAACGAUUAUACUGUUGUUGUUUCCUUUCUUUGCCUUGGAGUAAAUUAAUCUUGGUACAGUUUCCAAAGAAGAAUUUUGGAAGUAAAUAUAUAAGAAAUUGGUCUCCGUUUCUUUCUUUGCAGUUUACAUAUUUUGAACUUUUGAUCUUUGUUUCCAGUCUGUGUUCGUUGUCAUCAAUGAAGCCAGGGGAAUCAGACUUAUCCUGAUGAUUGAAAGCUCUGUUGUCUGUUGAUUCAAUACUCCAGAUAUUUGACAUGGUUUCUAGUCGCGUGUAAACCUCACUUCCAACCAAUUUUGUGAUGGUGCAACCUUACACGUACUAUUUUGCAAAAGUAAAAUGUUAUAGAAGAGAAAAUAAGAGAGGAAUAUUAAAAAAUUAAAAAAUGAAAUUGAAAAAAGAAAAAAAGGUGAAGAAGGAUAAAAAUGAAAGGCACUACUAGAGAAGAAAAAGGAAAAACCGAUGAGUGGGGAAUGGAAUGAAAAAAUCAUUGCAGAGAAUAAUCUUGUAAGAUAAAGAACGGUUGUUAAUGUCAAUUAUAUAGUCUACGCCUAAUUGUGACUUGCCACAGCAAAGCACUUGACAAUCUGAAGCCUUUUAAACUUGGCGUAGUCAUGUCCUGUACAAAGAUUCGAUGGAGUCCUUAUCACUUGUGUCCAUGGAGGUUGUCUCAGUACCUCUGUUUCACUGCGAGGUUGUUAAUAUUUCUUUUUCUUAGGAUUUAUGAAACCUAGUUUUAACCUAGAAUGCAGCGGAAAUUAUGUACAUGUUUCGUUUCCAUUUGGAUAUUCCAAGGAGAUAAUGAUGGGAGAUAAUAGAGUAGAUUUCCAUUGGUAAUUUUCUGAAAGUUGAUACCGCGUUCUGUUCCAUGAUUUUGAAUCUAUCCAAAUAUUUUAUUUCAUAGGGGAUCAUUGUACCCAAAAAAAAAUCAGUACUGCCAUUUAUUAAGUAUUCUCAAUGUUGCUGGUUGCUUGUUGAGCAUGUUGUGCCUUUACAAUCCCCCUUGGGAAGCAAAAGUAAAAUCUAUUGAUAUUCUUUCUUGCUGUUGAUCAGGUGAUACAGCUUCGGAAAGCAUGUAGCCAUCCUUAUCUUUUCAAUGGCAUUGAGCCAGAACCAUACGAAGAAGGCGAGCAUCUGGUUCAGGUAAAAUUAUCCUCUUAUUUUGGCUUGAAAGGGAGGGGUGAUAGGAUUUUUUUUUGCAAAGGGCCUUGACUUUUUUUGGGAAUACCAGAAGACAUAAUCUCUCGUUUUAAGUGCUAGAGUCUUAUGGUACUUGAUACUAAGAGGUGAGGCUUUAGUCUUUUAAGUGCUACAAUCUUUUGGAAUUCUUUUUGUUAGAGUUAUCAUGCGGUCCCACUCAAAAUCAAUUGUCCACGUGUAAUCCCGUCUUUAUAAUCACAAAUUUGUUUCUGUAAUGAUCAUAAAACUAUGAACAGGCCGCUUCACCCACACGACAAUUUUUGAACUAUGUCAUGUGAAUAGUUUAAAUGGCAUCCAUUUGAACUAAAAACGGCCACAGACUCAGAGAUAACGUGGUAGAGUUAUUGGCGCAUCCAGUUCAAAAACAAAAAUAUGGAUCAUCGUGGGUUUAUUUCUGUUAAUAACCAGUAUGGGAGUAUUCUUGAAACUUUUAUUGAUUGUGAUAGCGAAGCACAUACAAUAGUUACCUCAAUCAUCUUGUUUGUCAGGCCAGUGGUAAACUUGUUGUUUUAGAUAAGCUACUUCAGAAACUCUAUCAUUCAGGGCAUCGUGUUCUGCUCUUUGCUCAGAUGACUCAUACUCUGGAUGUUAUUCAGGUUGGUGAUCGUCCUUUGGAACUCAAGUGGAUUGGACAGAGUACAAUACGUGCAUCAUACUGUUGUACUGAAUUCUGUGUCGUUCUUAUGUAGGAUUUUCUGGAACUGAGGAGGUACACCUAUGAACGGCUUGAUGGAUCUGUGCGAGCCGAGGAACGUUUUGCUGCAAUAAGAAGUUUCAGUGUUCAAUCAUCUAAAGUUACUGAAGAAAAAGAGGUAGUGCAGAAUGGUGCUUUUGUUUUCCUGAUCUCCACCAGAGCAGGGGGGACUGGUCUGAAUCUUGUAGCUGCGGACACGGUAAGUCAUAGACCUGACCCAAGAUAUGCCUGCAAAUACUGCAGAUACUUUAAAAUAAAACCUGAUCUGAGAUAGGUGCAUAAACUCUGACAACUGCGAUUAUCUUCCACAGAAAAAAAGACCUGUCAAUGUCAAUCAUUAAAACCUCAAGAUAAAAGUUUUAUGUGACGACCAUGAUAUGUGUAACUAUUGUGAUGAAUACAGAUGGUUACGGGUUAUUAGGUUUUAUGAAAAUAUUUAAUGUAAUGUUAGCCUUGAUGAUUACUGUAACUGGUAUGUUUUGGUAUGUCAAUUGUAGUCAUAGUCCCUCGGAAUGGUUAAAAUGUCAUCUCAUAGUCCUUAGUUGGAGGGUCUGAACGCAAGAGACUAUGAAGUGACGCAGUAAUUUCUAUGUCAGAAAUGUUGAUCAAAUGACUUAUCAAGAAAUAGGUAAGCUACUAUCUCUGAAUUCGUCCAUGUGAAAAAAAGUGUUUUUUUCUCUUUUCAAAAUGUCUCACAAAUGUCGUUUGAUUUUGUUGACAUGGACCAAGCAAAGAAUUUUGAUGUAGCACUCAUAAGCCAUGCGUUUCGUGGCUUUAUAGAUGUCAAUAACAUGGGCUAGAAACCAUAUCUAUUUGUUUUAUUUUUUACAUUUUAAUACUUUAGGCGCUCUGUAUGGCAUUGACAUUAUAAAAUAUAAUAUCAUGCCCCCUAUAUGCCACCGUGUUACUCCAAGAUCCUGCAUAUAUCCCUGAACAUUCAUUGGAAUGCAUCUUUGGAUACGUCUCUGGUAUGGAUUAAUUAUCCACAGAUAUCAGUAUCAUUGUCACUUUCGUCUUGAUUGAUUGUACUCAUAUAUAGGACUAAUAAUGUUCUCAGGUAAUCUUUUAUGAGCAAGACUGGAAUCCCCAGGUGGACAAACAGGCUUUACAGCGUGCACACCGCAUUGGUCAAACAAACCAUGUUUUGGCUAUAAAUCUAGUUACAGAACGGUCAAUAGAGGAGGUGAGACUAAAAUGGAUUUCCAUUCUCAGGCGCAAGGAUCAUAUAAAUUUGAAAACCAGUCAGGUUUUUGUUUUUGAGCUUUUCUAAAGAUUUUGUGUUAGUGUUAUAGGUAAUUAUGAGGAGAGCUGAGAGAAAAUUACAGCUCAGCUACGAAGUAGUCGGUGGAGAGAGUGGUAUUCAUCAAGAUAAAAGUGAAAAAGGGUCGGAUGCUCCUGAUGUACAUUCACUCAUAUUUGGGUUGCAUAUUUUUGAUCUUACAGAUUUGGGGAAUGAAAGUUCUUGUGGUGUUGAUAUGGCACAAUUAAAUGCAAUGACUGAUAAGGUUGUUGAGUUACGUAAUCAUGAAGUGUCAGAAAAAGAUGUUCAGAGGUUUGAAAUCAAUCCAGCUGCUUUGUUUAAUAUAGAGAAGCCUCCUACAUCCAUCAUCAUUGACCCUGGACUGGAUGAGUCCUCAUAUUUAUCCUGGGUUGAGAAGUUCAAGGAGGCUUCCCAGUCAAAUAUCGUCUCCCUUCUUGUGGCAAACAAGAUAAAUGAUUUUAAAAGCAAGAGUCUAAAGCAUGAUGAUGAAGUGAAGAAGGCCCAUCAGAAAAAGUUGGCUAAAUGGGAAGCUCGUGGUUAUCAGUCCUUGUCUGUGAAAGAUCCAGCUUCCCCCAUGGAAUCCGAUGUCAUGUCAGAUUUGGGGUCUGUUCAGUUUGUGUAUGGAGACUGUACGAAGCCUUCACAAAUUUGUCAAUCAGAGUCUACAGUAAUUUUCAGGUCCUAUUUUACUCUCAAUCUCAGUACUAACCUCUAUUAAAUUCCUCAAAUGUCGAUAUUUUUAACAAGAGAAAUGUGCUUCUAGAUGUUCUUUUUGAAUUAAUGAACUCCAAACUUCUGUCCUCUCUUCUUUCAUUCAAAUUUCGAGGAAAUUAUGGAAAACGUUCUAAGAUAUUUUGGUGUUGGAUUUCAUUGUGUAUGUUGGGUUUUCUGGUAGUUCGAAAAUUUAGUGGCUGGAUUAUCAAUGCCUACGCCCCCCCCCCGCCCCCCAACCCCCACCCCCCAAAGUGCAGGUAUCAGAUAUUCUAAAAUUAGUUUAUUGAUGAACAGCUUGUUUCCUGAUGUCUUUUAUGCGCAUGGAUUCGUAUUCAAAAUCUCCUUCGUUUAAUUGUUCCCCUUGUAGCACUGUUGAUAACUCUGGACGUUGGGGACAUGGAGGAAUGUUUGAUGCAUUGUCAGCUCUUUCCAAUAGCAUUCCGGAUGCAUACCAUCGGGCAUUCGAAUUUGGGGAUCUUCAUCUGGGCGACCUCCAUCUUGUAAAGUUGAAUGGUUUGUUGCUUCUGCUUCUCCGUCUAAGGUCUUAUUUCCUAUACAUUUCAAUAACCCGGGAAAUUUUUUCCUAUGAUGAAAUAUGGGAGUUCCGUUUCCUUGUAAUUGCGAGAAAUAUAACCUUCCAUAAAUUGGUUUCCCUUACGACUGAUUAGCUCAAUGUGCGUUUUUUUCCUCUCAAGAAAUAUCAUUAGAUGACCUUUUAGAAAUGAACUCCAGAGUAUGAUUCCUCGAUCUGAACUUUGCUUUGUCGCACAUUUCAUUAACAGGAUGUUGUUUCAUUUUUUCAUUACGCAUUGUUUUCAUUUAUUAGUUCGCGUCUCUGUUCUAAACAUGAUACUGCUGGUAUUUCAUGCUCCAAUAAUGCAAAAAUAAAUCAUCCUUGUCCUAUUACUUUGUUCCAGUUUAGUCUUACUUCCAAUACACUGCUCAUAGCUUCAUCUCAUAUUGCUUCGAUCUUUUAAAAUUAUCUUUUUGACACCAGAAUCCUCUCGUGAUGAAAAUGUGGCCUUCAUUCCUCAGUUCGUGGCUCUAGCUGUUGUACAGUCAUAUAAUCCUAGGCGUAAAGUUCCCCGAAGCAGUAUCUCUAUGACUGAUCUCGAAUGCUGUUUAUCAAAGGCAUGCUUUUCAGCUUCUGAACACUCUGGUAUAUUUGCAUCCAUUGAAUUUUUUUUUCUGGUUGGAGCUGUUGGAUUUAUUCAUUUAAUUUCAAUAGCUGUCUUUACAUAAACCGUUUUUACAAUAGAACUGCAAUGUACAAAAUUUGAAUUGAAUCCACUGUCAUACAAUGUCUAACCCACCUUCACGUUGAUGACCGUAACUUUUUGUAGGACGUCAGAAUCUGUUUUUUGAUUUAUUAAUGUUUUAAAAUGGAAUCUAUAUGCUAAAUUGUUCCAAGUUUAAAUCCCCUCUUGUUUAGAAGUGACUCUGCUUUUGGGUCACUGAUAUUUUUGUUAUACUACGGCACUUCAAAGAGUUGUUCUGUUCUGAAUGGCGACAACCUUCAGUUUCAUAAAAGGUUGGGGGCUAUUCGUUCUGAUUGGUGCGAUUUUGAUAGAAUGAACUUUCAGGUACUGAAUAGCAUAAAGGAGGGACGAUAUUGAUAUGGUUUUUGGAGGAAGACUAUUAGGUUGAUGGAAUUACAUGACUGUGAUAUUUCUGAGAAAAACAAGGGAGUGUAGAAGUUCAAAAGAAAAAAUAUACCGAGGAGAAGAAUUAAUACUUGACCCCGUAACUAGGAUAAACGAUUAAAAUCACUUCUUAUUUUCUAUUUUAACACUGAAGUCUCAUAAGAAAUGUAAAAGACUAGCUCCCUGUGAGAAUUGAUGGCAUGAAUCGGCUUCUUUGUUGUUUUGACUGAAUAUGGUAUUGCAUAUGUAACUCACCGUUUCUAGGAGCCUCAAAAUUUGAGAGUGGGCAGGUCCGAUGCCCUUCUCUGCAGGCACUUCAAUACACCUGAUUAGACUUUCAUGCUGCAACUGUAGUGGUCCUCUUUGAGUAAAAGGAACAUGCGUGUUCGUAAAAUGAAGAGUCUGCUCGAAGCAAUCCAUUGGUUUUUAAGGUAUCCAGAUGGGUUCCAAUCGAUCCCACUGUGCACUGAAAACGGGGGCUUCUGGGCAAGCAACAUUUUUUAAAAUUAUUGUUUAACAAUCCUUGGAGUAUUUUUACCCUCACGAUGGAUUCUAAGGUCGACGGCCUUUCUGUCUGUAUAAUCUUCUGAUACGUCAAAUACUGUGGUCGUUUACAGAUAUUUUUAAAAGCACUGUCAAAUCAUUGUGUGUUUUAACAAGCCAUUGAUGAAUACCAUCCUAUAACUGUAUGCAAGAUCAUCAGGAAGAACGUUCAUUCUCCCAGUUGAACCCUAGUUUUAUGCCUAGUCCUGUCCGAAGACGUGCCAUUGGAUGGUUUUCUGAUAUGUUUACUCAAAGUGCUAGGAUGUAUUACCCAACCAGGCAAAUCCGAAGAAAGUUCUUUUUAUAGAUUGGAGAUAGCAUCCAUUGUCAGUGGAGUCCUAAAGUUAAAUUGUGGCAACUGGUUAUGUGCAAGCAAUUAUUACUCAAAACGAAAAUCUUCUCAUGGCGAUUUCUCUCUUCAGAAGUUGCAUACUUGUGAUCACGUAGAACACUUCUGUGGUGCCUUUGAUGGGCCGAUAGGACUUGUUCGCUAUGGGAGCUUGUGAACACUUUUGAAUGGUUUCCUCCCUUUUGGUCGUCACCCCCUACCUGGUCUGAUUACCGGUUAAUUAGAAGGUGUAUUUCUCAUGGAAGCAUAGAUUUCGUUCUCACUGCUGCCGGCAAUCUGAAUCUGAUGACUUGGGGUGCUUUCCCUCAAGGUUUUUACAAGGUCCUAAUUGCUAUAUGUUUUUUGGGGUUUCUUUAUGUAGCAUCAAUUCAUAUGCCGCGAAUCAGUUAUCAGGGCGGAGCCCAGCGUUCGGAGUGGUACACAGUGGAACGCCUUCUGCGAAAAUAUUCAUCCAUUUAUGGUGUCAAAAUUUUCGUGUAUAUGUCUUCUCUCCUUCACUCUUUCUUGUUGAUUAUUCUUCUGUGGUUCCCUCAUAAUUCUCUUCUUUUCUCACAGGUACUACUAUCGGCGCCCUUCUCAAGAGCGAGGCGGGGAAUCUUAG